CUCUUCCAUUCUAUAUAUCUAAAUGCAAGCUGAAACGUACCUCCCCACCUCCCCCAACUCACAGGAAUUAACCUAAGACCCUCAAAAGCAAUGAAGAUUUCUAGUGCCAUCUUUCGAAUUCUCCUCCUCUUGUUCAUCCUUCUGUGUUCCUCUGUAUCCUGCCUCUCUCGGAAGCAAGGUUCUACUGUUACUGCCAUGUUUGUUUUCGGGAGUUCUCUCGUCGACAACGGGAACAACAACUACGUGAGGAACUCGACGGCCAGGGCCGACUACCUUCCUUAUGGCAUCGACUUCCCCUGUGGCCCUUCUGGGAGGUUCUCUAAUGGGAACAACCCAGUUGAUGUCCUGGGCCGCCUUCUCAACCUCCCUCAUCUGCUGCCUGUUUUUUCUGAUCCCAAGACCAGGGGUAAGAGGAUUCUGCGUGGUGUCAAUUACGCCUCCGGAGGUUCCGGCAUACUUGAUGAAACGGGAUCCAUAUCUGGAGAAGUGAUCACUCUCAAGCAGCAGAUCGACAACUUCGAGGGGGCGACUCUUCCUGAACUGAAAGCACAACUUGGCAGAUUCAAACGAGCCGGUCCGUUCAUCUCCAAGAGCUUAUUUGUCGUCGGCGCUGGGGGGAAUGACUACCUACUGAACUAUUUCCAGAGCAACACAAGCGCACAGUACUCGCUGCCGGACUUCACAUCUCUAUUGAUUCAGUCUCUCUCUGAAAAGCUCAAGAGACUCUAUGAUUUGGGAGCAAGGAAAUUUGUGCUGAUGUCCGUGCAAGCCUUAGGAUGCGUGCCGGCCGUGACGAUGAGAGUGAACACAGAUGGUUCCUGCGUGGAGCCAGUGAACCUGGCCGCUUUGCUCUUCAACCAACGUCUGGUGUCAUCGAUGGAUAAGAUGAAGGCCAGCAUGAAGGGCUCUCACUUGGUCUUUGUCAACUCAUACAACAUUCUCAAGGAGAUUAUAGAGCAUCCUACGUUACAUGGAUUUAAAGAGGUGAACAAGCCGUGCUGCGCACUGGGGGAGUCGAGCGCGCGGAUACUCUGCGAGAGAGGAGGGGAAACGUGCAAGGAGAGAGACGCGUACGUCUUCUACGACGGGCUGCACCCAACGGACGCCGUCAACGUCAGGAUCGCGCAGAAGGCAUAUGCCUCCUGGCUGAAGCGAGAGGUCUACCCCUUCAACGUCCAGCAUCUCGCUUCUCUCUAGCUUAUAAGCUCCUAUCAAUUACGGCUGAACCUCACGAUCAUCUUAACUGUGUGAGAAGAAGGUGUUAAAUCAAGCAAAUGAGAGGCUGGCCAGGGAAAAAGCAAGAAGAGAGCACCUCGCCAAGAUCUGAAGUUCGUUGUGGCGUGACGAGGCGGCUCUAGGUUUAGGUUUAACCGUAUGGUUCAAGUGUGUGCUAUGGUAUGUGAUGUUAGAAAUGUGCAUCCGCGGAAACAAAUGCGCUUCAGUUUAUGACAUGAUGUCCUUGAUCUAUGGUGGCUUCAUCCUUGUAUCAAGAGAUCUAUCUGUAAUAAUAGGCAAUGUGGUGAUUAAA